AAGUUGGCUUGUCUCCAGUUAAGAGUCCCGAGCCUAAACCCAUCUGGACAAUCAUGGCUUGUAAAGGAAUGAAUGCAUCUUUUAUAGACCUUAACACCCAAAAGAAAAAAAAAACUCUUCUACUUUGUGCAAGGGGAAAGUCCAUGAGUACUGAGGGAAGAGAAAGAGCAGAUCCUUCCUUUAGGGGUAUCCACAGCACUGGCUCAUCAUGGCAGCAGGCACAGAGAACAUCGCAAGAAACAACAGGCUGCUCCUGCUUCUUCUGUUUAUUACAGACCUGAGCUGCGCCAGUCCCUACCUACAGAGACACAAGAGACAAAUAAGAACCCCUCAUAGUGCGCUGACAGUCACCGGUCUUCACAUUAAGUCUACCAUAGUGUCCCGCUAUGCCUUAACAGUGGUGCAAAGCCUUAUGGUCAACACUCAUUCUGAAGCCAAGGAAGCCAUCUUUGACUUAGACCUACCCGACUCAGCAUUCAUAUCAAACUUCUCAAUGACAAUUAACGACAAGACAUAUGUGGCCGAUGUGAAGGAGAAACAUCAAGCCAAAAAGAUGUACGAUGAAGCCAGGAAGCAGGGCAAGACCGCAGCCCAUGUGGGCACCAGGAACAGAGAGGCAGUGAAAUUCCGGGUUCUGGUGAAUGUGGAAGCCGGAGGGGAAAUCACCUUUGUGCUGACUUACGAAGAGCUGCUACGCAGGCAUCUAGGCAAAUAUGAGUAUGCUGUGAGCAUGCCCUCUUGGCAGGUUGUACAGAACCUUAGUGUGGAAAUUACCAUCUCUGAGCGCACAGGUAUUGAAUAUGUGCGAGUGUUGCCUCUGCGCACCAGCCGCCUGAUGACCAACAGCGUGCGAGGGGAGAGAAAAAUGCCUCCAUCUACUCAGGUAGAGAAAGGAACAUACUGUGCUCGAGUCACAUAUAUACCAAAUCCCAUGGAGCAGGCUGCUCAUUCACGCCCAGGUGUAACUACAGAUUUUGUCCUCCAGUACGAUGUCACGCUGAAGGACCUUGCCGGGGAUGUCCAGAUUUACAAUGGAUAUUUUGUGCAUUACUUUGCUCCAAGAGGCCUCCCGGCAAUCCAGAAAAAUGUAAUCUUUGUCAUUGAUGUUAGCGGCUCCAUGUUUGGCACAAAAAUGAAACAGACUAAAAGUGCAAUGCACGUUAUCCUAAACGACCUACAUCAAGAUGACUCCUUCAACAUCAUCACUUUUUCAGAUGUGGUGCACGUGUGGAGGCCAGGCCAAUCCAUCCUGGCAACGACUCAGAACAAAAAGAGCGCUAAGGAUUAUGUAAAUAAGAUUGAAGCCGAUGGAUGGACUGAUAUUAAUGCUGCGCUUCUGGCUGCCGCGUCCAUCUUCAACCAAACAUCUCAGAAACCAGAGAAAGGAACAAGCACAAAGAAGAUCCCUCUCGUCAUUUUCCUUACAGAUGGAGAAGCAACCUCGGGUGUCUUGGCCUCCAGCCGCAUCCUUAGCAAUGCCCAAAAGGCCAUGGCAGGCAACAUUUCUCUCUUUUGUCUGGCAUUUGGUGAAGAUGCAGACUACAACCUCAUGAGGAGGUUGUCUCUGGAAAACCGUGGCAUAGCAAGACGCAUUUAUGAAUAUUCUGAUGCCACGUUGCAGCUAAAGGGCUUUUAUGAUGAGAUUGCCAGCCCACUUCUGUUUGACAUUGAGUUGAACUAUCUUGAAGAGAGUGCACAGAACGUGACGCAGACACUCUUCCCCAACUACUUUGAGGGUUCAGAACUUGUAGUGGCUGGGAAGCUGAAGUCUGGAACUAAAGACCUUAAAGUUCGAUUGACUGCUCAUGACCAGAAACAGAAACUGAGUUUGGAAAAUGACAUCUCCAUGGAAAGCAAUAGCACGAAGGCCAACUUUGGGUGCUCUAGCAACGUAGAACAGAUCCAAUGGUUUGUCCAACGGCUUUGGGCCUUUUUCACUAUUAAAGAUUUACUAGAGGCUAGGAUCAAAGCAAAUGACACUGUAGCACGAAGGCUUCUCACUGAGAAGGCGACCAACCUCUCUCUUAAGUACAACUUUGUGACACCUGUUACUUCCUUGAUUAUAGUCAAACCAGAAGAUGAAGAAGAUAGGAAGACUACACAAGCUGCAGCACCUUCAGUGACAACCACUUCUGCCCCGGUAACUUCUCCCUUUAUGAUAAGUGCCACCACAGCCACAAAAACAACUUCUCUGAAGACCAAAAUUACUUCUGCCUCUUGGAUAGCAAAGACUACCAUCAGAGGUAUCAAAUCAACAAAGACAACAACAACAGAAACAGUAGCAGCAACCAGCACAACAAGCAUCUCUACACAGUCUUCUCCCAGAGUUACAACAACUGUUCAAGUUACUGGAGCCAAAGGACACUCAAGUGUAACACCUAGUUUAGUAACAACUAAUCAUACCUUUCAUAAACAGACAACCGUGGCAUUAGCUACAAAUGCAAUCCUUACCACCUCCCCAGAUUCCCGACACAGCAUGCUCUCACACACAGCCACUCAGCAACCACACACAAAUGUUCCUGAAGGGACUGUUAGAACUAUGACAGAGAAAGCUCCUAUUGUAUUAUCAGCAGGUGCCCCCAUCUCUACUAAUGUGCCAACAACUGAAGCUUCAUCAGAGUUAUUGUCAGCUACAUUGACAGCUGGCACUAGCUUGUCUUCAACAGAGCGUGGUUGGGGGGCACAAGCAACCACAACUCCGCAAUUGCCAACAACAUUUCCUGUGGACCCCACCUUAUUGAGGUUCCUUGUCCUUCCUGACAGCACUGAAUUGCAUCAUGAAGCAUUCGCAAAUCAAAUGUAUGUGGAAUCUCUUAACCCACCUCCAGUUUACAGCUUUUUAAAAGAGGCAGAUAUGGCAGAAAUCAUUGAUAUUUCUGAAGAUUUCUAUUCUGAAUUCCCUGAAGAUACAGAAUUCAUCUUUGGUGGUGCAAACUUGUUAGGUGCUCCUGGGCUUCAGACCUUCAUGUCUUCAGUGGACGGAGACCCCCAUUUCAUAGUGAAUUUUCCAGAAUCCCAAGAGAGGCUAUGCUUUACAUUAGAUGGACGACCGGGGGAUAUAUUGAGGCUGCUCUCUGAUCCUGUUGCAGGUAUCACAGUGAAUGGACAUUUGAUGAAGGCCCCACUAAAAGUUGGCUUUGAGAGCAGGUUGCGUACCUACCUUGACGUGAUCACUGUUGUUAUCAACCGGCCGCGUUCCAAAUAUGCCAUCAGCAUUUCACUUCAGAACUUGACCCUUACUGGAGAAAAACACCAAACGUUUGCUGUCAACCACCCUGUGUUUUUCCAGAAGCCCAGCCUGUCUGUCAGAGUAGUUCCUUCAACCAAUGUCACCAUAUGGAUUGGGCGUAAUGUGGAGCUACUGAUUAUUUUCCAUCAUUAUCAGCAUCCAUCAUAUCUUCAGCUGGAUCAUCUGGGCUUCUACAUCGUCAAGGCAGACGGUUUAUCCUCAAGCUCUGGUGGUCUUUUAGGACAGUUUCAGAAUUGCCAUAUGGAAGUAAUCAAUAAAAAGCUAGACUAUGAUUUGACCCUAUCAGGAACUGUGAUGAGAAAUAGCCAAACAGCGCCCGCUACACUGGUUGAAAGAACUGUGAAGGAUUCUACCGCCCAAGUACAUGAGGCCAAGUGCUGGCUGGUGAAGCACGGAGACAUAGAAGAGAUCCUGGAUGGAAAGUACCUCUCCUACAUAGUAUCAGAUCUUCAGGAGAUGUGACAUGACGUGUACAGGGUUUAAAAACUGUGGAUGGGAGAGCAAGCUUUGGUGCCAUCUAUUGAGGAAAUGUAUGCAGAACUGCUGCUGUUGAGAGUUGGGGGGGGAGUAUAACAUAAACUAAUAACAUUAUAACAGAAGAGCCAGUUUAAAUUAAUUAAAGGGAAUUUAUCAUGUUUAAAAUAAAAAUAAUACUAUUUUCUUUUAA